ACAUCUGCACCUCAACCACAGACUACACUUGCUGAACUGGCUCCUGGGGCCAUGAGGCUGUCACUGCCACUGCUGCUGCUGCUGCUGGGAGCCUGGGCCAUCCCAUGGGGCCUCGGGGACAGGGCCCCACUCACAGCUACAGCCCCACAACUGGAUGAUGAGGAGAUGUACUCAGCUCACAUGCCUGCUCACCUGCGCUGUGAUGCCUGCAGAGCUGUGGCUUACCAGAUGUGGCAAAAUCUGGCAAAGGCAGAGACCAAACUUCAUACCCCAAACUCUGGGGGGCGGCGGGAGCUGAGCGAGUCGGUCUACACGGAUGUCCUGGACCGGAGCUGCUCCCGGAACUGGCAGGACUACGGAGUUCGAGAAGUGGACCAAGUGAAGCAUCUCACAGGCCCAGGACUUAGCGAGGGGCCAGAGCCAAGCAUCAGCGUGAUGGUCACAGGGGGCCCCUGGCCUACCAGGCUCUCCAGGACAUGUUUGCACUACUUGGGGGAGUUUGGAGAAGACCAGAUCUAUGAAGCCCACCAACAAGGCCGAGGGGCUCUGGAGGCAUUGCUGUGUGGGGGACCCCAGGGGGCCUGCUCAGAGAAGGUGUCAGCCACAAGAGAAGACCUCUAGUCCUGGACUCUACCCUCCUCUGAAAGAAGCUGGGGCUUGCUCUGACGGUCUCCACUCCCGUCUGCAGGCAGCCAGGAGGGCAGGAAGACCUUGCUCUGUGCUGCCAUCCUGCCUCCCUCCUCCAGCCUCAGGGCACUGGGGCCUGGGUGGGAGCCAAGGCUUUCCUCUCUGGACUCAAAUAAAACCCAGUGACCUCA